GCAUCCAAGAUCCUCCAAACAACAUUGGAAAAAGAAUCACGAAUCACGAAUCCACCCCAAGACAACGUAAACCCCAUCCGCCAUCCACCCGCAUACUUUACAAUGGCCUAGACAGAGCGAGAGUCUCCUCUCAAAAUGACAACGCAUGAAUCCCCAAUCCAGCCGCAACUCACACCCGUGGGGGAGAAACUGUUGCCGGCAAAAUGCAAGGCCGGCAUGCUGGCGUAUUGUCCCACGAUGGACCUGAUUGCCGUGGUCACGGAAGACGACGAACUGCGCGUGUUUCGCUUAAAUGGGCAGCGGGUCUUCGGGGGUUCGUUCAAGGGGGACCCGUAUUUAGAUGAGGAUGAUGGGGGCGGCGAGAUUCGCGGCUUACAUUGGAAGAACAACGGCCAUCUGCUGGCGGUGGCUUGUGCGGAUGCCACUAUUCGCGUCCUGAGCGCGUACAGUGGGAAAACAGUCCACCAUUACCCGGCAUAUCAACCACUGAGCGGAACUCCAGGCGAGCCUAAGGUGGCUGACGAUGAUCCCGACUCUUGCCGCGUCAAGGCGACUACUUGCUUGGGCUGGGGGGUGAACUUUACUGAUAGCAAGGCGGCGCAGCGGCAUCUGCUUGACGCUGCCGGCCAACUGUCCGUUGAGGAUUUGCUUUCGCUGGAUGAUGUUCAGCCGUCUAAAGCAGCUGCGUUGCUCAAGGCUGAUCUUCCCAGGGAACUGGCGCUCUUGGAUAUGGAGAGUUCUUUGCCGAAGUUGAGCACGCUGCCUUCGACUGGGGGCGACGAUGAUGUCUUUAGCUCUCGCGCGUCUAUUGAUGCCAUCUUUCACCCUACAACGAAGAACACGAGUGACGCGGUAGAUGUGUUGCUUGUCGGGUUCGAGGAUGGCACCGUACAUCUGCGGAUCUUUGAUUGUUUCGAGAUUGGCUCGUUUCAGAUUGCAGGAUCCCUUGGAUCAGAUAGCAGCCAGUGCACGAUCCUCCAACAUGCUUCCCAUCCGUUAAGCUCAACGCAUGCUUUAGUGGCCACGACAUCAGACUCGAGCUCACUGCACCUUGUCACGCUCGAUCUGCGAUUCAUCACGAGAUCUGGGCGAUAUCUCUCGCUUCUUGCGCAUAAAACGACACAGCUCCAGAACCUGCUUAGAUAUAUUGGUCAGGUACAGAGACAGAUUGAACUGGAAUGGAAGAACGCCCAGGAGCUCCCGGCGAGGUAUAUGCGAAGUGUUAACCAGGACCUAGAGGAGAAAUGCCACUGCGAUUUUGUUACUGCUGCUUAUCAUCUGGUGGUAACGGGGGAUUGUUUUGAGCCUCUCCGGGAGUUCCUGGUGGAUAUUGUGGGAGAACGAGGACAUAAGCGGUGGGAAAAGGCUGUGAUGACCGGCUACGAGAAUGUCAGACGGCUGACCCAUGAGUGUCUUCUUCCAGCAUUAGAACGAUGCGAGGUAUUGCUCAGCCGCCUGAUUGGUCUUUCGAAAUUCCAGAAGCUAAGUGAGGUGCUUGGGCUGGAGACCUCAGACCUGAAUGCCAUCGUGGAGACGCUGGAUUGCCUUCAUCUCCUAGCCCAUCAUAUUAUUAUCAAUGCCAAUGAGGAGCUGGCACAGUUUCAUUCGUUUUCGAAAUGGUUGCGCCACCAGAUCGACAUGCUGAGCGCAGAACCGAUGUCACAAACGCUUGAAGAGCUGAUGGAGAAAACGGACCUCGUGGAGUACCCGCGGACCCUGAAGUACAUUCGAGGAGCGUUAACGAAGAGUUCGCUGCGUCAAUUCAUCCAACAACUGCCCAUGAUGGGAUUUCCGAGACCACCGCCAGCAGCUUCGGAUGAUAAGUGGGUGCCAACCGGGCAGGACCGGUCUUUCUAUGACACUUUUAAGAAGCUUCUCGAGCAAAGCCAGACAGCUGAUGAUACGAACCCGGUUGAGCUUCCCAAGAUCAACAAUUUGACCAAGCGCCUGGGGUUGCAGUUCGAGAAGGUAUUUGGACAGAUUGCUUUGACGCAGCGUCGGGGGAUUCUCCAUCGAUCACCUCUUACGCUUCAUUCAGACUGUGACAGAAGCGUUCUGGCUAUUACGAUGCGUUGCGAGGAGAUUGACAACCAAAGCCGAUGCGUGGUAUACAUCGGUACCCGAUCGAUGAUGACGUCUAAACAUCAGCUUUACAUAUACCGUGUGGUCCUAGAUUCAGAAAACGGCGUGAGCUCUACACGACAAACCUGUGUAGGGGCCAUCAAUCUUCAAGGGGGAGCCAUCCACCAGGUCCAAUUCGUCGACAACGACGACACCAUCAUGGUCCUCUGGAGCAACGAAGGAGGGUCCACAUAUCUACUGAACUUUCCGUUCCAGCCACCCUCUGCUACCAAAGUCGAGAUGGAAUAUGACUCCUGUCCUUUCCUGAUCGACUUCCACGAGAUUAGUGGGGACCUGAGCAGCUCGCCUGGGCCCGUCACGAUGGCAACGGCGGUAGAUAUUUUGUCUCCAGAUUCCGCCUUUGCGGGACUCGUCAAGCAUCGGUUUGGGGGCAAGGCUCAACCAGUGCAGAUCGACGUGAAUGGACGGCCGGGACGACGGGCGAUCUGUGUGCUAUACGGGGAAGGACUACGGUACGAGGUAUUAGACCUUGAUGCGGAGAUGGGAGAUGACGCAGAUGAUGAUGAUGAUCAUGAUGGAGACGAAGAAGAAGCAGAGGUAGAAGAAUAACUUGGUUAGAAGAAUAGUUAACCAUUAAC